AUGGGCUCCGGGCUCUGCCUGGCCGACUCCCUCUACGACGCGAGCGACCCCAUCGUCGAGCUCAACGUCAACAACUUUGAUCAGGAGGUGUAUGGACAGAAAAAGGCCUUCUUUGUCGAAUUUUACUCGUCAUGGUGCGGUGCGUGUAUCGCUUAUGCGCCAACGUUUAAGAAAUUCGCGAGGUUGGUACAAAGCUGGAAGCCAGUAGUUCAAGUGACUGUCGUCAACUGUGCUGAGGAUAUCAAUAUGCCACUCUGCCGAGCGCACGAAAUUCAUGCGUUCCCUACCAUCAAGUAUUUUAAAUACAGUCCAGCCAACAAAGACGAUGUGGUGCCGUUCCAAGGCGACAAGCACAAUUUGGAGACGUUACCUACCGAUUUGGCAGCGUUGGUCAAAGCCGACGCCGAGGUUCAGCACCCAACCGGUUGGCCGCUCUUCGAUCCUGUUCCUGACAGCACCAGCCUUGAACAAGUUUGGGAGACGACCAAGACCAAAUUUUUGUUGAUGGUGUCUGAGAACGAUCCCUCGAAGAUGGGCUUUGCGGAAGCCAUCAACUUCCACGACAGUCGUCUCGUCAAGGUCGCCAUGGUCAGACCUUCGCACAAGGCAGCUUCCUCGAUCGCGCUUUACGCCGGGAAGGCCGCACUUUUCCAGCGAGGCAACCCAAGUCCCGUGUGGGUCUCAGGUGAUUCUACAACUUGGGCAGAAAUCCAGGAGAAGGUGAAUGACCAUAUUUCUUCUGAACCUGCCGGACAAGUUGUUGAGCCAGUAUUGAGCCCAGCUGGCCAAAAGCACGGUGCGGACGGCGUUGCGUUGAACCUGGAGCAGUUCAAGGUCCAAGCAACCGAUCUGCAAUCCGCGCUCGGGUACAUGUUGUUGAAGGAGGUUGUCCGUAGGGAGAAGAUCACCGGCGCUGACUUGGAGGCCCUAAAGCAAUGGAUUCAUGUGCUGAAGAAGUGGUCACCAGGCACCACCCCGACUCGCCGUCUCUUGCAUCGAUUGGACGAGUGGCUGCAACUUCAGAUGACGAUAGUUACUGCUGACCAGUGGACCAAAAAGAUAACUGAGCUUCAGGUUGAUCUCGGAAAUCCUCUACCAGCCACACCAAACUGGUUAGCAUGUAAGGGAUCGAAGAGCAACCUCCGUGGCUACACUUGUGGACUCUGGACACUCGGACACGCUAUUUCUGUAAACGCCUACGUCCAGGAGAAAGAUCGCGCUGAUUUCUCACCGGUAAAUGAAUUCUUGGAGCCGUGGCACCAGUUCAUCUUCCGAUUCCUGUCCUGUCAAGAGUGUGCUGACAACUUCAACAAAGAGGCCGAACAGCACAAAUUGGCGCAUGUCAGCCGGAAAGAAGACACCGUUCUUUGGCUGAACAAGGUCCACAAUGCCGUCAACAAGCGGUUGUCCGGAGCGCCAGCUGAAGAUCCGCAAUUCCCGAAACGCCAGUUCCCGCCGAAGGUCCUCUGCCCUACGUGCUGGGAUGCGGCUGGAGCAUUGAACGAGGAGGAAACUUUCAAAUUCCUCAUUCACUACUACCAAGACAUUCGAACAGAUCAACCCGAGAAAUCAGACGGGUACCAGAUGUCCGAAUUCGAAAACGGAAAAUUGUCGAAGGUGGCCAAUAAGCAUUUGAAUCCGAAAUUCAACGUCAAUGCGGAUCAGGUUGAUGGACUAGAAGCCGAUGAGGCGAAGCGUAAGCUCGACAUGAAUCCUCAACGCGAAUGGAGAAGUAUUGAUGGAAGUUAUUCAAACCUGAACCCGAUGCAACAAGAGCGUGGCCAUUUCUACUUCUGGCUGCUGUCGUUGAUAGCCGUCUGUGUCUUCCUGGCCUACUACAAAUACCGGCGGAACAAGAGUCGCUUCUGGAAGCAGUUCUACUACAGUUCCGACUUCAAAUUAUCCAAGCAAAACAUAGCC